UGUUUUUGCACGGGAGGGAGUAGCGGGUUCCGGCGGGGCCUCGUGGUGCGGGCGCGGGAUCCCAGUGAGCUCCUUCAAGGACCGGCUCGGAGCUGGGAAGCCCAGCGAGAAAGGGUUAACUGUCAAGAUGGUACAUGCUGAAGCCUUUUCUCGUCCCUUGAGUCGGAAUGAAGUUGUUGGGUUAAUUUUCCGUUUGACAAUAUUUGGUGCAGUAACAUACUUUACAAUCAAAUGGAUGGUAGAUGCAAUUGAUCCAACCAGAAAGCAAAAAGUAGAAGCUCAGAAACAGGCGGAGAAGUUAAUGAAGCAAAUUGGUGUGAAAAAUGUGAAGCUUUCAGAAUAUGAAAUGAGUAUUGCUGCUCAUCUUGUAGACCCUCUUAACAUGCAUGUUACUUGGAGUGAUAUAGCAGGUUUAGAUGAUGUCAUUACCGAUCUGAAAGACACUGUCAUCUUACCUAUCAAAAAGAAGCAUUUGUUUGAAAAUUCUAGGCUUCUACAGCCUCCAAAAGGUGUUCUUCUCUAUGGGCCUCCAGGCUGUGGUAAAACAUUGAUUGCCAAGGCUACAGCCAAAGAAGCAGGCUGUCGAUUUAUUAACCUUCAGCCUUCAACACUGACAGAUAAGUGGUAUGGAGAAUCUCAGAAAUUAGCUGCUGCUGUUUUUUCUCUUGCCAUAAAGCUACAGCCUUCCAUCAUCUUUAUAGAUGAAAUAGACUCCUUUCUACGAAACCGUUCAAGUUCUGACCACGAAGCUACAGCCAUGAUGAAAGCUCAGUUCAUGAGUCUCUGGGAUGGAUUGGAUACUGAUCACAGUUGCCAGGUCAUAGUGAUGGGAGCGACUAAUCGUCCUCAGGAUCUUGACUCAGCUAUAAUGAGAAGAAUGCCUACAAGAUUUCAUAUCAACCAGCCAGCUCUAAAACAAAGAGAAGCAAUCCUGAAACUCAUUUUGAAAAAUGAAAACGUGGACAGGCAUGUGGACCUGCUAGAAGUUGCCCAGGAAACUGAUGGGUUUUCAGGAAGUGACCUGAAAGAGAUGUGUAGAGAUGCUGCCCUCCUCUGUGUCAGGGAAUAUGUUAAUUCUACAUCAGAGGAAAGCCAUGAUGAAGAUGAAAUUCGGCCUGUGCAACAACAGGACCUGCAUCGGGCGAUUGAAAAGAUGAAGAAGUCGAAGGAUGCAGCGUUUCAGAAUGUUUUAACACAUGUUUGUCUAGAUUAAGAGUAAACGUCAUUUGUGCAGAUAUAAGAACUGUUGAUUGAUCUGGUGACCAUCUCAUUUCCUGAUGACCUACCUGUGCUUGACCUAAAAGUUAGGUGAUAGAAAGGAGGAAGAUGAGGAAAAAGCGAACUCUGCUGUUCUCACGUAGCCAAGAGUUGUUUCUUCUUACAAGGAAUAUGGUUGGAAAGAAAUCUUGUGGCCUGAUUCAAGUGUUGAUAAUAUUUAUAAGUCCACCAAUAUCUGACUGAAUGGUUUAUACAUGCCUUUCCAGGACUUUUUCACACUGCCUGUACAGUUUGGCAUACUCCCUUGGCACCACUUACAUCUUCAUGAACUUACACAUUUCCUGCCCUACUUUGUCCUACUAAUUGUCACUGGGAGCCAACAAGUAGGGAUCUGGGGAGGAAAAGGGAGGGGGGACAAGUGACACCAGUUUUAUUGUAGUGAGGACCAGCAGCAGUCAUUUUCAUUAAGCCUUCAGGACAGAAAGGAGGCUGGGGGCUCAAGGAGGAAGAGAACCAAAAUGCAAGCCUUCCUGGAGGCCCCUGAAAGUACGUGUGGAAACAGGUAUCCUUUUUGCAUAUAGAAGUAGCAAUUGCUGAGGUCAGUGGAGGUAUGGGAGUUACUGCAGACGAACACAACUGCUUCCAACCCCACUGGUAAAACUCCUUGCGGGCACUUUGAGAAAAAGGGAGCAAGUUAAAAAAAAAUUUCAUUUCGGAUCCUCAGGCAAUGAAAUCCUGGGGAGAGGUCCCUAAGAAACCCGGUCACCUCUGAAAACAUCACUAGUGCUUGUGUCACUCCCAUCUAGAGCAGUUCUUGAAAUGACGUGGGUAAGGGCCACCAGCCUCGUAAUUAUGGUCUGAAAGAGUUGCUGCUGUUUCCAGUUAUUUGAAGUCACCGAGCCCUCAACAGUCAUGUGGUCAACCCACACUCAGUGUUACAGGCAGAGAAGCCCCGACGUUUAUUUUGAGAAAUUUAUUAACAUGAGGACAAGCAUCAGUUGUACAUACAAAUAUCAUUUGCACUGUGUGGUAUUAGAGCAGAAGAACAGUUAUAAAUAUAUUUAAAAAUCACAAACUAUAUGGGUUAAGGCACUAUAUCCUGUCUCAUGUUUUCAAUAAAUAUGCUGUUUUUUUAAAAAGGCAAUUAUGAGUACCUCCAAUUAGGUGAAUAUAGGCACUCUAUUAUUAAAGACAGUCAGUUACACUUUGCUGUGACGAUUGUAUAUUAUUCUCAAAAGAACUUUCAUUAGCUAAGAUUAGCAUUUAAGAAAACAACACAGAAUAUUUAAAAAAAUCACAGUUUUCUCUUUCCAGUUUAAGUCUCUUCCAGAGAGACCCAUGUACAAAAGGUACUGUUUCUUCAUAUAUCCCUUAGCACAAGGAAUUACACAUAAAGUAUAAAAAGAUUGCCUCCCAGGAAGUAAAGCCAUCAGAGGGGCUGGAUGUCUCAGAACCAGCAAUAAAUCUUUGGAAAAAGUUUUUCCUUUUUUUUUUUUUUAACUGCAAUAAAAUCAGCUGAGUUUUAAAAACUCGACCUUUCAGCAUCCAAGAAGGCUGCUUUGUAAGUGCCCUCUAUUUAAGGAGCUUUACUAAGCAGUUGAGGGGAAUCAGACCUGGCUCCUGUAUUGUACAGUAUAGACCGAGUUCAGAGAGGGAGUCACGUGGCCUGGGUGCUCAUUCAGUACCACCAGUACUUCCUGAUUAUGCCCAUUUUCUGUUUUUGCUGCCAUGCCCAGCAGCUCACCAAGCAUGUGCUCACGCUUUGUCUUAGUUUGGUCACCUGUCAGGGGACAGGGUUGCAUUCGAUGGUUUCUGUGGUCUUUUCCAGUUUUAGCAGCUCAGUAAUCUGAUGGCACGAAUGGUUUUCAGUUAUAGCAGCU